AUGUCGACCGUGACAACCACCCAACUCAGCCAUGAGUCGGUUGACUUGCGAGAUGUUACCAAUGUUAUUCCUCUCGAGACUGAGAGACAGAAUCCGAGUGAUGGCACCACAAUCUCCAAAGCUCGCCAAGCAGCGACAACCUUCCAACUGUCAGGCCUCAACUUCUUGUCCUCGGCUGUCAACGGAAUUAUCCUAGUCAGUUUGCCCACGCUUGUCGCCGAGCUCAAUUUGCCGGAGCAGCUGCACGUCUGGCCCAUAUCGGUCUACGGUCUUGCCGUGGGAUCGACAAUCCUCCCUGUCGGCUCGCUCGCCGACGCGGCUGGGAGUCACCUCGUGGACCUCGUCGGCUGUUUCUCCAUGGCCCUUCUAUUGCUGGCCAGCGGCUUCGUCAAGUCAGGCGAGCAGCUCGUGGCGUAUCGUGCACUCCAAGGCGUCGCCAUGUCCAUGCACCUGGCAUCAUCCGUGAGCCUCGUGACGCAGUCCAUCCCGAGCGGCAGAGCCAGAAACGUGGCGUUUUCAUGUCUUGGACUGAGCCAGCCUUUGGGAUUCUCGGUUGGUUUGGUGCUCGGCGGGGUGCUGGUAGAUACAGUGGGUUGGCGCGUGGGCUUCUACCUGACCGGGGGGCUGUCUUUGCUGCUGUCCUUCGUCGGACUGUGGGCGCUGCCAAAGUCAGGGGACAGGCGGACGGCAUCUGAAGUUGUCCACGAAUUGAAGGGAAAAAUGGACUGGGUUGGCUCGCUUCUGGCAUCCGGGUUCAUGGUCUGUUUGUCGUACUUCUUCGCCGUCGUAAGUUCCGAUAUUGGCAGUGUAAGCCAUCGAGACAGCAUUGCAACGCUGUGUGCGGCUGGCUUCGCCUUGCCUGCCUUUGUCGCUUGGGUUCACCGUGAGACGCGCCUCGGUAAACCGGCCUUGAUACCAAACAGCUUAUGGCGCAAUACAGCCUUCUCGAGUGUCUGCGCUACCAUGCUGUUGUCUUUCGCGGUACUCAAGUCCAUGGAGCAAUACUGCAGUUUGUUCUUUCAAGAGGUACAAGGGUUGUCCGCAACGGAGACGUCCACCCGACUUCUCCCCAGCCUUGUCGUCGGCAUAAUCCUCAACUUCACCACUGGCUUGUUUGUCCACAAGGUCUCUGCCCGAUGGUUGGUGGCCGGCUCGUCGAUAGUCUGCGCCGGCGGCCCGGUUCUGAUGGCGCUCGCCAAGCCGGAGUGGCCAUAUUGGUACAACGCCUUCUUCGCCCAGCUCCUGCAGCCGAUCAGCGGCGACAUUCUCUUCACCGUCGGCCUCAUUAUUGUGUCCGAGGCGUUCCCGGAAGAUACGCAGGCACUGGCAGGAGCGGUAUUCAAUGCGGCAUCCCAGUUCGGGACCUCCCUCGGCCUUGCCUUCAUGCAGGUCGUGGCGGGCGUGGUGACCAAGAAGGCGGCAGCGCGGGAGGCGCCAAUCGACGCUCUCCUCCUCGGCUACCGAGCCAGCUUCUGGGCAAUGACUGGUUUCAUGGUGCUCUGCUUUGCCCUUGGCCUGGUCGGGCUGCACAAGACAGGGAAGGUGGGCAAUAAGAAGGAUGAUUAG